GUCAAUCGCACACCCUAGUGCUGCCGCACUUGGAUCCGAGAUACACUCGAAAACCUAGGCGGGGCGCGAUGCCCUCCCUGCCUCCCCCGGUGGCGGUGCCUCCUCUAACCCUACGGCAACGCCGCAAGGGCGCCAUCUCGCUCCACCUCGACGUCUUCCUCGCCUACCACUACCCGCCGCCUCCCCCGGUGCCGGAGGAGAGGGACUGGCUGGACCUGCCGCUCGACGCGACCCUGAGCAUCCUCCAGCGCCUGGACCACGUCGAGCUCCUCGUCGGCGGGGUCGCGGGGGCGUGCCGCUCCUGGCGCCGCCUCACGCGCUACGAGCCCGCCCUGUGGCGCCAUAUCGACAUGAGGCCUUAUCCACGAGUCGUCGGCAUCGAAGAGUUUGCCCGGGAAGCCGUGCUACGCAGCGAGGGCUUGUGCGAGUCCUUCUCCGCCGAUGAGUUCGGCGACGACGACUUCCUGCUCUUCCUGGCCCAGCAGGCGCCAUCUCUUCGAAGCCUUCGCCUCGAGUUCUUCUAUAAAGUCACCAAUGAAGGGUUUGUCGAGGCUAUACGGAAAUUUCCUCUGCUUGAAGAGCUUGAGCUUAGAAAUUGCCACGGUAUAAAGGACCCUCGGGUAUUUGAGCUUGUUGCCGAAGUAUGCCCAGGGAUGAAGCACUUCAGACACGCAAUAUACCGCAGCACCAGCAGCUGGGGCUAUUACCGAUACGACAUUGCUCGCCCAGACAAUAACGUAGAAGCAUUGGCAAUUGCAGGCAUGCACAAGCUACGUUCUUUGCAGCUUUUCAUGAAUACACUCACCAAUGAAGGACUGGCUGCGAUCAUCGACAACUGUCCCGACUUGGAGCUCCUUGACUUGCGCAGCUGCGGCAACAUCGUCAUGGAUGAAGCCAUGCGCACCAAGUGUGCAAGGAUCAAGAGAAAGAUAAUACGUCUCCGUAACUUCGAAGACGAUGGUGAAGACUUCGAGGUAGGCAGCAGGAUUAGUUUUUGCUCGACGUGUGGGAUGUCUGAGUACUUCAGAAACUUGAACAAAAAGGAUACUACAACAGACUCUGAAGACAACUAUGACCCUUAUUGCUAUUACCUCAGUGACGAUGAUGAGAUCAAUCUUGAAGAGCAUGGUAGGAUGACGCUUGGCAAGAGCAUGCAGAGGUAUAACCUGUAAUCCGAUGAAAGGAUUGCAGACUUGGAUGUUUAGUCCCAGCCUACCAGGAUGUGUUGCCUGAUCUUUUUCCAAUUCACAUGGAGCAACGAGUUUAAACCAAAGGCCUCUCAGCUGGCUAUACGUUAAUAAAUCCAGAAACUGGGCAUAUAUAUAUAUAGUGUGUAUGUGUUGUUGGGCUGCUAGAAACAUGAUGCUUCAGAAUUUUGAAGUUGGUCAAAAGUGACCAUGGG